AUGGUCGUCCCAUCGUUCGCCCGCGCAACUGCAGCUUCGGCGCUGAAAGCUAGUCCACAAAGUGAUAAGACUAGGGAUGUCAUGACUCCCGAACAGCGACGAAGCACGAAGGCAUCGACAGGGGGCCUAAGGGCAGCCAAAACGUUAAAACGGCCCUCAACGCUCUCCAAACGAGAUCGUGAAAGCAUAGCCUACAAUGCGGACCUUCAUUACAUCAAGGCCUCGAAUCCAUCAAAACCCUGCCCACUAGCAGCACUUCCAUCAGAGCUCCGCACCCUCAUCUAUACCUACGCCUUUGACGACUUCCAAAGGCCAGUACUGAUGAAUUAUCGUCGUGUUCGACACUCACCAUCAGCAUUGCUGCAAAUAUGCCGGGCCGUUCGCAUCGAGGCAGCAUACAUAUACUACACAUCAACUGCCUUCACGUGGACUAUCAAGAAUCUAAAUUUCGUCACGAUCGCAAAAUGGCUGUCCAACUUGAACCCUCUUCAUCGGGCCCUACUGUCGCGGAACGAAAACCUUGUAAUUGAAACUACUGGUGAGCUGCAAAAAUCAUACACAUAUCCACCGCAGGAUUACCUUUUGGACGAUACAAUACACAACCACUGGAAAGCUUGUCAGCCAUUCGGGAAUCUGUAUGCUGUUAAAGACGAGCGUGUCCGAAUCAACUUUAUAAUGUUUUGCAGAUUGGCUUCCUGGCUUGAUUUAUGUUCAAAGCCAGUGUACGCUCACGUCAAGUGGAGGUAUGCAUUUGACAUGCCACAGGACAGCUACAGCAAGAGAGAGUUGAACAGGUCGCUGGGUCAGCAUGAGAGGAGUGUGCGAAUAUUCCUCCAACAUCAGUUGAAGAAGCUAUGGAUAAGAAACAGGUGCGAGAAGCGAAUAAAGCAGCAUGUUCUGGACUUAGCUGAGGCCUUCAUUGGUGCUUACGCAAAGAUGGAGGAUUCAGGGCCCAGUGUAUACCCGUUUGAUGACAUGGUGGGAAGGCUAAAUGCUCAAAGAACGUUGGUGGAGACCUGGUAG